GACCAGCACAACAAGCAAGUCUCGUCACUCAAUCCAAGCGUAUAUACCAGCCAUGUCCACCACUCCAACCCCACAAGGCCGUCUCGGCAACCCCAGUCUUGACCUCUCGCACGACCCUCGAACUCAUCCUGAUCUGAAGAAAGCUCUCGAUGCAGUCGGCCUCGGCGCCAACGCCUCGCAGGGGAUUCCUCCCGAGGCGGUUAACGUGGAGGCCAUGAAUGGUAUUCUGGAGCAAGUUAAUGAGAAACAUAUAGAGAUGUAUAAAUUCAUGGACCUUUCGAACGCGGGAGAUGAACUUGAGGCUGAGGUGGAGGAGAGCGAGAUGGAAAUUGAGGGAGUGGAUGGGAAUAAGAUCAAGUUGUAUGUGACGAGGCCAAAAGGUGUGAGUGGGAAGUUGCCCGGGGUGGUGUAUAUUCAUGGCGGAGCAAUGACCGUUAUCCCUACCAAAAACCGCGCCCACGACCGAUGGUGCAAAUCUCUCGCUCUCCAAGGCCUCGUCGUAAUCAUGAUCGACUUCCGCAAUGCGUGGACGAAAGCCCAACACAAUCCCUUCCCCACGGGUCUCAACGACUGUGUCGCCGGAGUCAAAUGGAUAGCCUCCCAAAAAUCCUCUCUCGGCAUCCACAAAUUCAUCCUGCAAGGUGAAUCCGGAGGCGCGAAUCUCAGUCUCGCUGUAGCCCUUCGAGCCAACCGCGAACGCUGGGUUCACGAGAUCGCGGGUGUGUACGGAUAUGUACCAUAUAUCAGUGGAGGAUAUGGUUGGAGCCGAGAACGGAAGUUGAAAGAAACUCCUUCGCAACUGGAAAAUGAAGAUUAUAUGUUGAAUGCGAGUGCGAUGGCUGCGAUGGCGUGGUACUAUUCUCCGGAGGGAGACAAAGAAGAUCCGUUGGCGUGGCCUUAUCAUGCUUCGGAGCAGGACUUGAAGGGUUUGCCACCACAUGCGAUCAGUGUGGAUGAGUUGGAUCCGCUCAGGGAUGAGGGGAUCGCGUAUUAUCAUAAAUUGACGCACGCGGGCGUGCAGGCGACGUGUGAGAUCAACCUGGGGGUGAUACACGCGUCGGCUGUGGUUUUCAGGCAUGCGUUGCCCGCAGUGGCGAGAAAGCAGGUUGCAUUGAUUGCGGCGUUUGCGAAGAGUUUGUAGUAGGUGUAUCUUGUUACUUAGGGGCUGUUUAGUAGCCUCCAACCGCAGUUGCAGCGGUUCGAACUCGUAGGAAUUCUAGUCUAUUAAACAUACUAAUUGGCACGGAACGACCUCCAAGCCUUCCAAAUUGGGAUUAGAGUCUUCUAGUCACAGAACAAGGAGAUGGAGGACAUGGAGGAGGAGAAGCUGAGGAAGAGGAA